CGAGUGAGAGCCUGAGCCCAGCAGAGAAUCGCUGCAUUGAUUGAAUGCAUUACUCGGGCAGCCGGAGCACAGAGGUACACUCUCUCCAGACUGCAGUCGGAGUGCCUCGAGCCUUUCUGAUGCCUUUUGAUCACGUCUCUGUGAAAGAUGAGUGUCAUGCCCUCUUCCAGCCAGCUGUGUGGGGGGACUGCCCUGUGACUCUGGGGAGAAUGCUCAAACACACCACGCUGAGGGGAGAGGCUGUACCAGAGGCUAUCUGCUGCACCCUGGUAAAUUGCAACUGUGAGUGCUUUAAACCAGGAAAGAUUAAAAUAAGACAAUGUGAACAGUGCCAGCAUGGAUGGGUAGCACACGCUUUAAGCAAGCUUAAAGUGCAUCACCUGUAUCAAGGCAGUCAGGUGGAGAUAGUCCAGUCGAACGUGGUCUUCGAUAUCAGCAGUCUGAUGCUAUAUGGAACCCAAGCUAUUCCAGUCCGACUUAAAAUUCUCCUUGACCGCCUCUUCAGUGUAUUGAAACAGGAGGAGGUCGUCCAGAUCCUCAAUGCUUUGGACUGGACCCUACAGGAUUACAUUCGAGGAUAUGUCCUUCAGGAUGCCACAGGAAAAGUACUGGAUCGCUGGGCCAUUAUGACCUAUGAAGAGGAGGUCGCUACAUUGCAACAAUUUCUUCGUUUUGGGGAGACCAAGUCAAUAGUGGAGCUCAUGGUCAUCCAAGAUAAGGAAGGACAAGCAAUAGCUGUGUCAAACUCCAGAACCGAUUCAGACAUUCGGGCAUUUAUAGAAAGCAAUUCCCACAGAAGCCCUAGCCUUUCUGCUAACAUUGAAAAAGUCACCUCUAGCAACAUUCACCACUUUGAAAACUUUAUAAACAGUAUGGCCUUCAUGCUGCCGUUUCAGUUUCUCAGCCCUGUCCCAACGGCUCCUGUGAUCGGCUCCUCGACAGAUGCUUUCCUUUUCGAGCAGGGUCACAGACAAAGCCACAAAACCAAGCAAGAAGUUCAGAUUCCUGCGACUGAGAGCAGCCUCUUGGGUUCCAGUUCUGCUUCAGUUGCAUCAGACAAUGAAAGAAACUGGAACUCCCACCAAGAAACUGCCACCAAAGUGGAAGCAGAGGAAUUCCCUGGCAGCGAUGAGUAUUCCGAGGCUCCUUCGACUCCAUGCAAUGCCUCUGUCAGUUCCGAGGUGGCACAGAUGUCCCCGGAGACCAGCAUGCGAUCUCCUGACAAAAACAAUGGCAGCGGGCCAAGGAAGGGACGGGUUUACUGCAGCGCCUGUGAAAAGACCUUUUAUGAUAAAGGAACGCUCAAGAUCCACUACAACGCUGUUCACCUCAAGAUCAAACACAAGUGCACAAUACAGGGCUGCAACAUGGUGUUCAGCUCCCUGCGUAGCCGCAACCGGCACAGCGCCAACCCCAACCCCAGACUCCACAUGCCGAUGAAUAGAAACCACCGGGACAAAGACAUGAGAGGCCACUCAUCUGCAGAUGUCACACCUGACGUUGAAAAAAAGCUUGAUUUCAGUGCCAGUGUGCCGACAGACGGCAGGUCCAUUUCUAGCUAUAUACAAAGCAGCUUCCCCAACGUUGGGCAGAGUGGGAUACUGUUUCCAAACCUGAAGACCGUCCAGCCUGUACUGCCUUUUUAUCGCAGUCUAGUCACUCCAGGCGAGCUUGCCAACACCCCAGAUACCCUGCCUUCGUUACCUCUGAUUUCUUCAUCUCUUCCAGAGCAGCCUGUGGCAGAACUGUCCUCUGAUCCCGUACCAAAGAAAAAAUCUCGCAAAUCCAGCAUGCCUAUUAAGAUAGAGAAAGAAUCUGUUGAGAGUGUCGGCGAGCUCGGCGAAGACGAUAGCUCGGGGGACGACAUUCCCCUGCAGAUAAGAGGCAAAGGUGAAUCCGCAAGUGAAAGGUUUGAGAAACAAACUGCCCACCAAGAGAACAGCAGUGUCAUUCAGUCAACAGACAGAGACAUUUCAACAGCUUCACUCCACAGCCACGUAGACCCCAAAUCAAAUCGGGAUUCAAAUAUCACUGAAGAGAGAGAAGAUCAAUUGUACCACUUGGGAAAUGGGGUUAAAUGUGUGCUGGAAGGAACUGUAAUCUCGUGUGCCCCUGAAAAAAACCAAAAGGAAAGUAACGAUCUUCUUAAACUGGUACACAUGUCCAAUGUGGAAAGCUGUGCAAAAAAGGAGCCAGAAAUUCAUCCAUGUGACGUUGAUUAUGUGGAAAAUGAGCAUGGAGUACAAAACGGGGGGUUCUUCCGAAUUUUAACUGCUAAUAAAGAAACGGCAGAAAGUGCCACAGACUCCGCAGUCAUGCCUUGCAUGGCACCGCAUUUGCUUUGCUCAAACAAAGAAGCAGCCCUUCAUCACUGUGAGAUCUGCAGUAAGACAUUCAAAAACUCCUACAGUGUGAAAAUGCAUUACAGGAAUGUGCAUCUGAAAGAAAUGCACAUGUGCACUGUCGAGGGCUGCAAUGCAGCCUUUCCCUCCAGGAGAAGCAGAGACAGGCACAGCGCCAAUAUGAAUCUGCACCACAAGCUGUUGACCAAAGACCAAUACGGAACCCCAAGCUCACUCUUCCCCACCCCGGCUCCUUGCAGAGACCUAGCUAAAGAUUUCCACCCAGACACACUUUUAAGGGAACACGUUGCACAGACUUCCGUGAUCUUUAAAGGAGCGAACAGGAUGGGUCUGGUUUUUCCAAUGAGUAAGAGCAUGGAGAGCUCCUUUUCUCCCCUGGGAGGGAGCCCCAUGGAGGAGGAGGCUGUGCUGGAUCUGAGCACCACUUCCAUCCUCAAAUCAGGAAGCAGCACCCACUCCUCCUGGGACUCUGACGGGGGGAGCGAGGACGGCAUCCCCGUGGAGGACAGCGAUGAAAGCUGCGAAGGGUUAAGUCUGACGCCAAAAGAGGAGCUGCAUCAAAACCUGGCUUUGAUUGAGAGAACCAGUGACUGCUUUACACACCACUUGCCAGCUGGCUCUCCAAUAACUUGCCAUAUCUGCCAGAAGGUGUACAGCAACAAAGGAACAUUCAGGGCUCACUACAAAACUGUGCACCUCCGUCAGCUGCACAAGUGUAAAGUUCCUGACUGCAACACUAUGUUCUCAUCGGUACGAAGUCGAAACAGACACAGCCAGAACCCUAAUUUACAUAGGAACAUGAGUAGUGGCACAACCAACGAGCAGCUGUAAGCAUGUGGUAUGUGUAUUUAAAUGCCCCAUCAAAAAUCUGGAUUCAAGUAUUUUAAGCUAAAAUAACACACACUUUUUAUUAUUAUUAUUAUUAUUAUUAUUAUUAUUAUUAUUAUAUUUUUUUUAUUUAUUCAUGCAAGCCGCUAAUAAAAUGUUCAGUAAUGUGGGAUCAAUUUCAGUCUUGCUAACGGCAAAGCCAUUAUGCCUCGUGGGCAGGUGCUAUAAUUAUUUGGGAUUAGAUGUUUAUCUUGAUUAGAAUAUAGAUAAGUGCUGUAUAUUAUGGUGCUUGCACAACCACUUUUUGUUUUAGUUUCUCCUGAUUUUUUUUUUUUUUUUAUGGAUUCUAACACAACUUUAACCCAGUCAUUGCAUGAGUAGGGAACGACGAAAAAUGCACUUUGAUAAAUUCAGCUGGUUAUGACACAAAAAAAGAAAAACGAGACUGAAGUUUGUACUGUGUAUCCUACUCCUAUAGUCUGCGACUGCGUUCAGAUGUAACGGCGAUAUGGCACUGGGUGUAGAAUUUUAUAUAGAGAGAGAAACAAAGCUAAACAGUGGCACCCCUAUAACAGUUUACCAUAGUAAAAGCAUAGCAAAGUGUAAUAGAGCAUAGUGAAAGCAUGCUAAAGCAUAGGUAAGCAUUGUAAAGAAGAGAGGAAUGGUAAAGCAUAUUAAUAAACAUGGCAAACUAGGUUAAAUUAUAGUAAAUGCGCAGUAUAACCAUGGGAACAACCAUGGUACGCUUUUAUCAGGGCAGACAGACCUGUACUGUACAACAAUGUCCGUCACGUGCAACAGGCCUGCACUUGCUACUCCUAAUACAAAAAACAAAGUGAAAAGAAAGAAAAAAAAUUCCCUUAAUCCCUGAAGUGGUCCGUAUCCUUUACCUAUUGUCACCUUCAUUUUGCAAAGGAAGAAAGAAGAUCCUCUUCAUGCAAACUGAAAAUCUUAGCUUUGUAUCCGAGAUCUCUGUUCUCCUUUCUAAGCACUUAUUUGAUUAUCAAGACUUUGCUUGCGUUACGCUGUCUGCAAAGUUUCAUUCAUCAUAAAGCAUAUAAUGGUACCAUAUUUGGCUUCCAAAAGCUUUACCUGGAAUUUCUUCUAUUGCUACACAUGUUAAUAGUAACUGUGCCAAACAGGGUGCUUUACCUGUGUCUGUUUGUGUGUAGUUUACCAAACAAGUGUCUGGAGUUUUCAGUGCAUUGUUAUGUUUUUUAAUAAUAUGCUGUAGUCUCAGUGAAGCUGUAAAAUUGAGGUCUGUUAAGUGGCAUUUUUGUAUCUUAAUCGUAGGAGACACUUGUUUAUAGAAAAUUGUGUAGCAUUCUUGAUGAAUAAGUUAUUGUUUGGUGGGUAAUCAUUCUCUUGUUAUGAUACGAAAGAGGCUAAAGUUGACCAAAGAUUUUUAUUACUUUUAUGAAACCACUAAAAGCUCUAUGCGUGAGGAAAGCAGUAUUAAAUUGCUCUGUUGAGAUAUUUCAAACAUAUCCAAUGUGUUUCAAAUUGUAUCCAUGGCGAUAGGAAAGCCAGUGUUUGGAAGCCAUGUCACAAAAUAUGGCUACAAUUAACUUGUCAGUCAGCUAAGAAUCGGGUAGGUCAGUGUUCAUCAAACUGUAUAUUUUGUGAUAGGAGAUCAAUCACGUUUCUCUGAAAGAAACCAAAUAAUCUUGUGUUACAUUUUUUUUUUAAAAUAUAUAUAUAAUCUAAUUAAUAUGUGAUGUCUCAACUACAAAAGUCUUGUGGUACAGGGAAGUGUAUUAGUCUCUGUAUCAAAGGCUGUCCAAAAAUAUAUAUUUCUCAGAUUGACAUUUUAUCUUUUAAAGCUGUUUUCUAAAUUUGUAAGGUGACAAGCUGCUUUUUGCAUCAUUUCAAUUUCUCUUUUUUUUUAUGAUUGUCAAGUUGAAGAUUUUGUAGUAAAACAAGAAGAAAUGAAAAGCAAAGAAGCAGGCAGAUGUCAACCCAUUUUCUAAAUAUUGUUGUAGCAGUAUUCAUCCCUUUUGAUUUAAAAAGCCAUAUUUGGUUUGCAUGCUUUUGCUGCGUUCAAUAUUUGUUUUUUUUAUACACAAAGAGCACACUGUGUAGAAGAAAGCUGAUUUAUACAACAUUACAAAACAGAGACAAAUUAAAUGGCUGUAAUAAGUGUUUAAAA